AUGAGCCUCCUCAACAAGCCCAAGAGUGGAAUGACCCCAGAGGAGCUGCAGAAGUGGGUGGAGGAGGAAUUUAAUAUGGGUCCACUUUCUGUGCUGACCCAGUCAGUCAAGAACAACACCCAGGUGCUCAUCAACUGCUGCAACAAUAAGAAACUCCUAGGCCAGGUGAAGGUCUCUGACAGGCACUGCAACGUAGUGCUGGAGAACGUGAAGGUGGUGUGGACUUGCAAAGGCAAGAACACAUUGAAGCAGGUCAACAAGGACCACUACAUCUCCAAGAUGUUCCUGCACAGGAGCUAG